AUGGAGGUUUUCGAUCCAAAAACCCAAACUUGGGAGCCUGUGUUGUGCCGUCUGCCUGUGUUGUGCCCUCUUCUUGCAAAUAUACGCAACAAUAUCAAAUUGAAUAGCACAGUGAUUGAAGGAAGAAUCUACUACAUGUUUGAGUCGACGACUUUGGCGUACCAUCCAAAGGAAGAUAAAUGGGAAGCGAUUAGAGAGAGAAUGGGUGGUUUGGGUUCUUGUUGCGUGAUCGACAAGGUACUGUAUUGCGGUAGUGUUUCACAGGGACUCAAAUGGUACGACACCAAGAAACACAACUGGGUGAAUAUAAAGGGUUUGGAAGUACUGCCUAAGUUUACUAGUUAUGAUUCUGUUAAACUGGCGGAUUAUGGUGGGACGCUGGCUGUUUUCUCGAAGAACAUGUAUUAUGUCUCUAAGGAGACGAGGGUUUGGUGUGCGGUGAUUGUGUUUGAAAGACGCGGAAAUGAUGAAAUUUGGGGAACGGUCGAGUGGUUUGAUACUGUUCUUACAGUCCCAAACUUUUAUAGUCUCGUUUGUGCUCUUUAG